AUGGAUUGCGACGCAGGCAAGGAUGGGAUCCCGAUGCGGAGAGCCUUGCCUCUCAAAUGGACGAGCUCGACGAAGUCCUCGCAGAAGAAGAAGAAGGAUGUCCGCUGCCUUCAACACCGGAGGAUCAACAUCUGUUGGAUGCCGAAAUGGCUGAAGUUGAAAGCUGGCGUGUUAUCCGAUGAGAUUGAUUUGGGAGCACUGGCCCAUAACGCCGCCGAACAGGCCGAGGAAUUCGUUCGCAAAGUAUGGGAGGCGUCGUGGAACGUGUGCCAUUUCAGACAUUUGCCACGUUGGCUACAAGACAACGAUUAUUUACACAAAGGACAUAGACCGCCUCUACCUUCGUUCAGCGCAUGUUUUGCAUCAAUUUUCCGAAUCCACACUGAGACAGGUAACAUUUGGACGCAUCUCCUUGGCUGCGUGGCAUUCAUUGGCGUCGCGAUCUACUUUCUGUCUCGUCCAUCUAUCGAAAUUCAAAUGCAAGAGAAAGUUAUAUUCGGUGUUUUUUUUGUCGGCGCUAUCGUAUGCCUCGGUUUUUCUUUUGCCUAUCACACACUGUACUGCCACUCCGAGAUGGUCGGAAAGCUGUUCUCAAAGCUGGAUUAUUGUGGAAUAGCAUUGCUCAUCAUGGGCUCCUUUGUUCCAUGGUUGUACUACAGUUUCUACUGCCACUACAGACCGAAGAUCAUAUACCUAUCUGUAGUAGUUGUUUUAGGAAUUUUGUCAAUAAUAGUGUCUUUGUGGGAUAGAUUCUCAGAACCUCGACUAAGACCUCUCAGAGCAGGAGUUUUUAUGGGCUUUGGUUUGUCUGGUAUAGUCCCAGCAAUUCACUAUGGGAUUACCGAAGGCUGGUUCAGUCAAGUCAGCAAAGCAUCAUUGGGCUGGUUAGUUUUGAUGGGAUUGCUCUAUAUCUUAGGUGCCAUGUUCUAUGCCUUAAGAGUGCCAGAACGUUGGUUCCCUGGCAAAUGUGAUAUUUGGUUUCAGUCCCAUCAAAUAUUCCAUGUUCUUGUGAUUGUAGCUGCUUUUGUACAUUACCACGGUAUAAGCGAAUUGGCAUCUUACAGAGUCACAGUAGGAGAGUGCUCCAUGCCACCAACAUCAAUGGCAUUUUAG